AAUGAAAGGAAAAAUGAAAGAUUUGAUUCACAUUUUUUUCUUUCUAAAUUCUUAAUGGAGAAAGAACUCAAAAAUACAACGCUCGCUUUUGACACAUAAGCCAUAGAUAUUCAUUCUUUUUCUUUCACAAUUUUCACACCUUAAUUUCACACCAUAUAUCCCCACUUUCAUUUUCCCUACAUAUAAAACCUUUCUUCUUCUCUCUCCCCAAAUCUUUUUCCUCUCCAUUUUCUUAACCAAAACUAUCUCUCAAAACAUCAAGUUCAACCAAACAUAUAUAUACCCUUUUUAAAUAAUCAAUCUGGGGUUAUUAUUAUAUGGAUCCUCAUCUUCAUCACCAUCACCAUCAACAUCAUCAGCAACAACAACAACAAAAUCCAUUUAGUCUUCAAAGUGUGAAUGUAGAUACAAGUGGUGGAGGGGUUAAUAUUGGUACAACUAGUGGAGAUAGAUUUCCUCAAUGGAGUAUUCAAGAAACAAGAGAUUUUUUGAUGAUUAGAGCCGAGUUGGAUCAAACUUUCAUGGAAACUAAAAGAAACAAACUUUUAUGGGAAGUCAUAGCCACAAAGAUGAAAGACAAAGGUUACAAUCGUAGCCCUGAACAGUGUAAAUGCAAGUGGAAAAAUCUCGUUACGCGCUAUAAGGGAUGUGAAACGCUUGAACCAGAAGCUCUACGACAACAAUUUCCAUUUUACAACGAGUUGCAAGCGAUUUUCGCGGCUAGGAUGCAGAGAAUGCUGUGGAUAGAGGCAGAAGGUGGCGGCGGGUCGAAGAAGAAGACUAUUUCUCAGCUGUCUUCUGAUGAAGAGGAAGAAAAUGAGGAUAGUGAAGGAGAAAAAGUAGUUGGUAUAACAAAAAAGAAAAGAAAGGUGAAGGGAAAUAAUGUUAACAUUGUUGGUAGUAGUUCUAGUGGUGGUAGUGGGAAUUUAGUGAAUAGUUUUAAGGAGAUUUUGGAUGAUUUCAUGAAGCAACAAAUGGCAAUGGAAAUGCAAUGGUUAAAAGCUUAUGAAGCAAAGGAAGAAGAGAGGAGAAUAAAGGAAAUGGAAUGGAGACAAACAAUGGAGGCAUUAGAAAAUGAGAGGUUAAUGAUGGAAAGAAGAUGGAGAGAAAGAGAAGAACAAAGGAGGAUUAGAGAAGAAGCUAGAGCUGAGAAAAGGGAUGCACUUAUUACAGCUCUUUUGAACAAGCUUAGAAGAGAAGAUCACAACAUGUAACCUUAUCCUUUCGCCGAUAAAAUUGGAACGAUACAGAGAAGAUUGACAUAUAACCCUAUUAGGGUAUAAAGGAAGUGGAAUAUUAGCUAGCUCUAGCUAAUUAGACUAACUGCUUUCUUGAUUAAAUUUUGCUGAUGAUCAUGUUCUGGGGGAAGUUUAAAAGAAGAUAAAAUGAAGCCCUUUGAUCAGAGGUUUGUCUUGAACUUACUCUUCUUGUAGUACUGAAACACAAACAUAAUGCUCCAUGCAUUUCAUGUCUCUUCUUUCCUUUUGCAAGUUAUAAAAUUUCUUAUUUCUUGAUCUUUAUGUGCUCUUGAGGUUUAAUUAUUAUCUUGCAUUUCUUAGUUAUAUCCUAGUAUGCAAAGCAACUUACUUUCUUAUGUUUAAAUUUUUUUGAGGAAGAUAGUAAUAAAAAUGAUACUUCCUCCAUUUGUUUUAUUUUAUGUGAUAUUCUUUUAUUUUAGUCCGUCUUGAUUAUUCUUUAUAUUUAUAAAUAAUUGAAUUUUAAAAUUUCCAUGCAAUAGAGGGACACAUAAUUCCAAUUCAAUGGUCCUUCGUUUGUCUUUCUAUUCUAAUUUUCUUUGUUUUAUCGAUGGUAGAAUUAAGGCUUCAUUUACUUGGAUGAAUCCAAUACAACGGUUCAUGGUAUAAACUUAAUUACCAUUUGAAUAGCUGGUGAUACGCGUAAAUGGAAAGUCAAACUUUGGACUUGGAGCAUUUCAGAUAUUGUUACACCUUUUUCCUGGUGAUAGGCUGUCUAGAUACUUGUAAUGAUUGCCCAAUCUUUUUGCCAAAGUUUUUAAAACUAGAUCUCAUACAUUUAACUAUUUAUCAUUUUCACCCUUGGCGGACCCAAAUUUUAAGUUUAUAAAUUUUGAAGAGUGAUGGAGUUAGAGUAUGUUGUACGAGUUCAAACGAAUCCAAUGACUUUUUUUAUAUCUUAUAUUUGUAUUAGAAAAUUUAUGAUAUAUGCAUAAAUAUUUAGUUGUGAAACCGGUUAUUAAGACGAUCGAGAGCUAUGGGUUCGAUGCAAGUAAUUAAGAACCCACAAAUUAAACUUUAAAUCCUGAAUCUGCCUCUAGUUCUGAACCCGCAAUUUUGUUUGCUUACCGGGUUCGAAAUAAAUUCCUUAUACAUAUCAAGUGAAUUUCUUAAUAUAAGUACAACAUCUAAGCCAAAACUAUUAGGUUCUGCCGAACUCAUAACUUAUGUAAAUCCGCCCGUGAUAUUGGACAUGCUGGAUACAACAUCUAAUAACUCGAAAACAGUUCUUGUAAUUCCCCUGUUCAUUUUAUAUAAUACCUUUUAGAAUAAAAUCUUUGAUACUUGAAAACUCUUUAAUUCUAAAGACCUUUAGUAUGUAUCAAAAAAAAUUCUUUCUUACUUUUAAAAAUUUGUGCCCAAUUAAUCAAAUACUACCAUAUAAAAUAAAGUGGAUGUAACAUAACUUUAUAGAUUUUAUGUAGAUCCUUAAUGGUGCAUUAUGCAAUCCUUUAGUUAUUGUCCAUUAAUUUUAACAUGCAUUAAUGAUGGAGAGAUCAAGUUAUUCUUAUCUUUCCAUGUUUGUUCUAUGAAUAAAAUUAAAAGACCAAGUACUUUCCUUACUUUAUAUGAUUGAUUGCUAAGAUAUUGUGCAUCUUAAUUCAAUGUCUAGGUUACCCUAUUCUGCUAUUCGUAUCUUAUUAAUUAUUUCGUUUUCAAGGUAUGAAGAAUAAAUAAACAAAUAAGAAAAAUCCUUGUGUUGGUUCAUGUAUGCUUGCACAUAAAAACCAAAGUAGGGAAACAGACCAAUCAAUUAAUUAAUACUCAAUGACACAACUAUUUGCUUCUGUUACAAAAUAUGAUGCAAUGCAUGUAUCUCUUUCUUGGGAAACUAAUUUGUUCAGAGUUAUGUUGUUACUUUUAACAACUUUCUUUUUUGGUUUUCUUAUUCUUUCAUCCAAAUAUAGUUUAAGUUGUUACAUGCACCCAUAUUUAUUUGUGAAAUUUCAAGUUACAUGGUGCUUUGUUCGUCUAUUUAGUUCAAGCAGUUAGUACAUAUACACUUUUUUUCCUUUUCCUCUGUUGGUAUCUGGGGCGAAAAAAGAAAAGAGAGGGAUGAGUCUUGCUUUUGGUGUUACAGCCCCCAGUGGAGGCUUGCAUGACGGCCCAUAAUUGGAUCAGUAGUAGAGCGCGCCUCCGAUAAUUGUAUCAUUGUGUCUGGGUUGUGAGGGCUCUCAGCCAUGAAUAGUUCAAUGUCUAUCGGCGUCGAUUUUCUCAUAAAUUUGAGUCUGUUGUUUUUAAAUUAUCAAAGAGAAUUACACAUA